AUGCAAGGCGUCAGUGCUCCGCGUGAGCCUGCGCCAGUAUUGAGCACAAGUUCCACCAUCCUCAAUAUGCGGGAAAAAGAGAAAUAUAUAGAAGAUUUCGAUUUUCCCUUUUGUGAUGAAUCUUCUAAAUACGAAAAGGUUGCAAAAAUUGGUCAAGGAACUUUCGGAGAAGUGUUCAAAGCUCGUGCCAGGAAUAGCAACAAAAAAUUUGUUGCCAUGAAGAAAGUUCUGAUGGACAAUGAAAAGGAGGGCUUCCCGAUCACAGCAUUGCGAGAAAUUAAAAUUUUGCAGUUAUUAAAACAUGAAAAUGUUGUUAAUUUAAUUGAAAUUUGCAGGACUAAGGCGACAUUACACAAUAAGUACAGAUCAACUUUCUAUUUAGUUUUUGAUUUUUGUGAACACGAUUUAGCUGGUUUGCUGUCUAAUGUUAAUGUGAAGUUUAGUUUAGGUGAAAUAAAAAAAGUUAUGCAACAACUUUUAAAUGGAUUAUACUACAUACAUAGCAAUAAAAUUCUCCAUAGAGAUAUGAAGGCUGCAAAUGUGUUAAUAACAAAGAAUGGAAUUUUGAAGCUGGCUGACUUUGGAUUGGCUCGAGCUUUUAGUGUUGCUAAAUCUGGACAAGCCAAUAAAUAUACUAAUAGAGUAGUAACAUUAUGGUAUAGACCUCCAGAACUUUUAUUGGGUGAUCGCAAUUAUGGACCACCUGUGGACAUGUGGGGUGCAGGCUGCAUCAUGGCUGAGAUGUGGACUCGAUCACCUAUUAUGCAGGGUCCCACAGAACAGCAACAAUUGAUCCUAAUUUCACAGCUUUGUGGCUCGUGUACACCAGACGUUUGGCCGGGAGUUGAAAGUCUAGAUUUGUAUAAUAAAAUGGAAUUGCCUAAAGGUCAGAAGAGGAAAGUCAAGGAGAGGUUAAAGCCGUAUGUAAAAGAUCCUUAUGGUUGUGACCUUCUUGAUAAACUAUUACAGUUGGAUCCUGCAAAGAGGUUUGAUGCAGAUACCGCACUUAACCACGACUUCUUCUGGACUGACCCCAUGCCAUGUGACUUAGCGAACAUGUUAGCACAACACACACAGAGCAUGUUUGAAUAUCUGGCACCACCUAGAAGACCUGGUCAUUUAAGGCAUCACCACCACCCACCAGGGGCUCAGCCGAAACCUACUCAGGCUACUCAGGACUCGGGAUAUCAAGAUAGAGUGUUU